AUGGAAUCCAUCACGAAUGAAGCAACCAACAACCAAAGGAAGGAGAGCUUGGUUCCGUCGGCUUCCAGGGGCAGAGGUGGGCGUCUCGUCCUGUCCUCGACUGGAGGAAGAGGAAUGUCCAUGCUGCUGGGCAAGAUGUUAACAGAAAGCAAAGUGGCACUGGCAAAGGCGGCUGGAGCAGCUCGGUACGCGUGGGGCUGCUAUGGAGAAGUCAACAUACAUCCCACUGAAACCCAGAAUUUGUUCCUAUUCACCUUCAGCAACACCGAAAUCAGAGACAAGAUCUGGAGGGACAGACCCUGGAGCUUGUCUAACACUCUGACAGCGAUUGAAAGGUACAAUGGAAGAGGAAGGCCUGAAGAUGUCCCGAUUGAGAAGAUGGCAAUGUGGGUUCAAAUCCACGGGCUACAUCAAAAUCAAAGGAACGAGGAAAAUAUGGUGACUAUUGGCUCGAGCUACUUCUUGGAGUUGCUGGACCUGGACAGAGCAAGCUUGGACUACACUGGAUACAGGAGGUUCCUUCGCAUUCUGGUCGAGGUGGACAUCAGGGAGCCUGUACCAACAGGGUUCGAUUUUCCUUUUAUUGAUGAAUUCUCAGGAGUGGAGCACUGCGAGGUUAUCGACUUCAAAUACGAGAGAUUGGUGGAGCUGUGCUACUAUUGCGGCAGAAUCGGGCACAACUGGCAGACCUGUAGGAGGAUGAAUGAGGAGAGAAAGAAGAACGGUGUUGCCUACUUGUCGGAGAUAUACACGGCGGCUCUCAAGGCGGGGGUUGACUCGCCUCGUCGAAGCUCUGCUUCUCAAUCAAGAAACAGGGGAGAGGGAAGAGGGUUGUAUAGGAGGAGUGAAGAGGUGGGAAGCAGCUGGGAUGAGGAGAGGGGAGGAGCAUCAGGGGGGAACCAAAAAAUUCCCCCUGGUUUCACUAUUCAGAGGGCAGAGGAAGCUCAUGUCGGUUUGGAGGAACAGGGGCAGAUGGGAAGACAGAGGGGAAGGUAUAGGGAUGUAAUGGGAUCCAGGAACAUAUCCAUUGAUCUGGAGAAGGCGGCGGAGGAGCUUGAAUGGGGGCUGAGGUUGGGAGACGGAGGCGGAGGAAGGGAGGUUGGAGGCCAGGGUAGAGGAGAAGAGGUGGGACGCGAAGAGGGAAGCGGGUCGGGCUCUGCUAGCCAGGCCAGGGGAGUUCAGACCGAUCUCUCCCUUGGGCCCAUGAUCCAGGAAGGAAAGAAGAAGGCCCAGGGCAGUCAAGGCUUAGGAGUGGGCCUUUACCAGCAUAUUGAAGAUGAAUUAGAGGAAGAAGUGGGUCGGCCCAGUAAGAAGAGGAAGGGGACCAGCAGGCCCAUCACGGUGGGCUCCUUUAGGUCUGAUGGGGCUGUCUACAUGGGUGGUCAAGAAGGGGAGAAUAGGAAGAAGAAAGGCCAAAGAGGAAAAAAGAGCGGUCAGAGGGAGAGAAGAUCAGAGGAGGUUGUGGGAAAUCAGGUAGAGGAAUCAAGGGCAGCGGUGGUUCGCCAUAAGCCACCUCAUCCGGAAUGA